UUCAGUGGUAUUGCUCAAACGAUCCAGCAGAGGACGCAAAAGUGUCAAGAGAGGCUGGGGAAAAAAACCCGUCUGAGCACAAGGAUGCUCUGCCAGGUGUCGGCUGCAGCAUCAGCACCACUCCUCCUUCUCCUCCUCCAGUCUGCAAUAGCUACAGCUACAUCUCUCUCUCUCUCUCUCUCUCUCUCUCUCUCUCCCUCUCCCUCCGUGCAUCGUCUUUGCUAACGGGAGAGUGAGGAGGGAGUGCAGAGAGACGCGCUUGUCUUUUGCAACUCCUGCAUCAUUUUCACCGACAUUCUUCAGUGAAUCAGCGCCAGAGAAACCCGAAGGUAAGACUGAACAGACCUCUGCGCCCCUGAAAAAGACGGCUUUGAUAACUCGCAGUACACUCAUGACAAGUGGUGAGCUGAAAAGAUUUCAUGAGAUGACAUUUCGUCCCUGGAUUAUUCAACACAAGGGCCAUCAUCACAGAGACCUAGAAGAGCAGAGGCAGAGAGGGAAGUAGGUUUUGUAACUCCGUAAAUGGCCUCGGCAGGUGUCUUUGUGUGCGCAUAAAAAAAUCAGUCCGACAUGAGCGUUCCGACUAGUUUCCAGGGACUGAGAGUCAACGUUGACAGAGGAGAAAAGAUUGGAAGUAAAACCCAGAUCCAGUUCACCCAGCCUGGGGAUGAUAACGCCAAUCAGUUACCUUUAAUCAGUGAUCAGGAAGGACAAGGGUUGACUGAUGACACGGGGUACAGCCCAAGCUCCAUUCCUCCUUUGGUCUCUCAGAGUGAUUCCCCAGAUAAGUUGGUGAUCUGGGACUCGGAGCACCAAUGCAUGGGACCGGAGAUCAGAGACUUUGAGCUUUUGGAGUGUCAGGAGAUACACGCAUUUUUGGGAAGUCAGGAGGAGGACGAGGAAGAAGAUGGCGGGGGAAGUUUACGCGAUGGAAGAGACGAGGGUCCCAUGUCCAUAUCCUCAUGUUCAACUGCCAGCUCCGCUUCAACCGGCGCGAGGAGAAACGACAACGAUGGCAACAAGGUGGAGGGCAGAACACGCAGGGGCAAAGAGGCGCAGAAUAGGGUCGCCUGCCAUAGCACCGAAGAGCUAGACGCGUGUGUGACGAGCUCAGUGGACAAAAGGGACACCAGGUCAGGCAGGCAGAGAGGGAAGGGUGGUCUGAAGGAGUCCAAGUCUGAGACCAACGUGUUUGUGUCCAGCCUGUCAGCUGUUUCCCUCAGCGGAAGCCUGUCUAGUGCUCUGGAUACUAGCGGACAAGCGUCUCUCGUCUAUCCCAACGCCAACAACUCUACCUCAGCUCAGACCAGAAGAAGGCCAACUCCUGGCCCUGUAGAUGCCAAUCAGAACUGUCCACAGACGAAUCCUCAGGAGAAACAUGGCUGUCCUCAGUACGGCAGCCAGGAUCAGAGGCAUGAGGGAAAUCAACAUAGAAGAGGACUCUCCUCUGAUGGGGUGCUGGGCCAAAGGAGAAAGGCUGGGUUUGAGGAGAGGGUGCUGCCGCCACGACGGCAGCAACUCGUCAGACCCCUGUGUCAGACGGAGAUGGGGAGAGGGCGGAGCUUAGCCGAGCCCACCAUUCAACAAACCGAGACAGGGCAACCCCACAACCCGUCUCUAGGUUCACACAGUAAUGGGUCGAACAUAAAGUUUCAAAGGUCGUCUUUACGCGAGCCGUCGGAUUUCUCACACCUGUACAACGCGUGUGGAGUCUUUCAGCUUAGACAACCGUCCCAGAGGGAGGCGGCACCAGUGGAAAAACAGCCAGCUACGACUGCUCAGCAUAGCUCCAGUCCCUCAAACCCUUCCGCUUUGGAGAAGACACCCCAGACUCAGCUGACAUACAGGAGGAAUUGCUCCAGUCCCAACAGGACUAGCGUUGAAUCCAGAUCAUCCACACCUCCGCACUCCCCUCUCAGGACACCCCAGGGCUCACCACGCAGGCAAGCCUCCAUGUACCUCGUUUCCAGGAAUGCCUCUGGAGUAGUUAGACACAUCCCAUCAGGAUGCAACCCUGCUGUAUUGACAUCAGCUCAGGGCUAUGGCAACAGUUGCUUGAGAGCACCAGUCAAAUCUAAUAUAAGCACAAGUGGAAUCCCCAAAGCGCCUCUUAACAACCAGCAGAGCACCCACAGCUCCCCCAGGGAGAGUUCCCCAUCACCCAAACUUAAACCUAAAGGAGUUCGCCCCAAAAUCAUUACCUACGUCCGAAAGAACCCUCAGUUUAAGCCCCAGGCUGCAGACGGACCGUAUCAGGUGUCAUCUCUGCCAUCCAGACUCUCAAUGUACACCAACAGCCAAACACCUAAAGACCCGUCCAAGCCUGACGCGGAAACGAGAGCAGCCCCAGUCCUUAGUGCCUCCAACCUGCUGUAUGACAAGUACCGCCAAGAGAUGCAGACGAACAUUUUCCCGCAAGGAAUGCUGAACAAGAGCAUCAGAGCUCCUGGACACACAAACACCGUCCCCCCUGCGCACACACACAGCCACACGGCACCCCCGAAGCUGGGCAGCAAAGCGGACAACUUCUACGGGGCGCCGUCGGAGGUGGGAAGACCCAUGGGCUUUAAAGGCGGCUCUGCCGAGGAGGCGCUGCAGUCCAGGACGGCUGCUCAGGCCGGAGGGAGCGGCAGCCUCCUGCGCUCUGGCAGAGGUCUGCGUCUGGGUCUGGGGGCCGUCACCAGGACGGCUACAGGCUCAGCCAAGGGCAGAGGGUCCACUCAGGGUCAGAGGUCAGCACCGGUCUUCAGUCAACCAGUCCAGCCAGUCAGCCCAGCCCCAGCGGCCAGUCAGAAGGGCCAAGAUAACAGAGAUCACCAGUUUGUCGCCCAUCAAGCUGCUGCUCCUUCUCCUGCUCCGGCAGCACCAGUCCAGCCCCAGGCCUCUGCCUCUGCCUCCGCCUCCGCCUCCGCCUCCAGGUCUCUGCUUCCCAAAUCAAGCCAGUCGGGCCUGCGACCCCCGGGCUACAGCUCCAGCCGCCUCCCCGCCGGCCGCCUGGCGGCCUUCGGCUUCGUCAGGAGCUCCAGCGUGUCCUCCGUCUCCUCGGCCCACUCCGUCGACAGCACGCAGAGCGACCCCUGCAGGACGGCGCACCGUCUGAGUGUGAGCGAGGAGCCUCCUCUUCACAGGGUGGCCACAGGCCCUGCUUCCACGGAUCACCAGAGAGGGGCGCCAUGUCGCAGCAACAGCCUCCAGCCGCCCUCCACCCCGGCGCUCCCCAGGCGCUACCUGCCACCUCAGCCCAGAAGCUCUCCCGGAGUCGUCCGGAAGGAGUUUCAGCGGAGCUCAGAGGUCACGCGCUCCCUCCCGUCGUCCCCCAAGAGGCUGGCAGUGGUUCCUCCCAAACCUCAGUCGCCAGUCCAGUCCGGGCAGCGGCCCGCGGCGGCGGUGCGGGGGUCGGCCCCCUCGGGGUCGCCUCUUCGCGUGGCCCCCCUGAGGCCGCAGCAGGAACAGCAGGAGAGCCUGCAGAAGGAGAAAGAGGAGGCUCAGCGGAAAGAGAGGGAAAGGCAAGCGGAGGAGAGGGAGAAGGAGGAGCAGAGGGAGGAGGUUCAGAGGCUGCAGGGACGCUGCGAACAGCAGGAGAGGCAGCUGAAAGCUCUCAGAGAUGAGCUGAAGAUGACUUCCCUGGGUCUAGAAGCUUUCAUCAUCACCACCCAGCAUUACUGCCUCAAGAGUAAAACUACAGAAGAAAAUCAAAGGCAGUUGUCCCAGGAAAUGCAGAAGAUCAGAGAGGAGAUGGCAUUCAACUCGGUGCGCUGCGAGAGACUGAAGAGGGAAAAAUCAGCCCUGGAGGUGGCCUUCGAGCGAGAGCUGCAGGAGCUCCAGGUGCAGCAGGAGGCAGAGCUGGCUGCCGUGGAGGAAGGGCUCCGGAAGUGUCACUCAGCGGAGACGGAGCACCUGAGGGUGGAGCAUCGGUCGGAGAUGGAGGAGCUGAGGACUCAGCAACAGGAGCAGAUGGAGGAGAUCACAGUCAGCCACCGGGCGGCCAUUCAGGAGCUGAGAGACAUGCACAACAUCACCAUGGCAACGCUGCACGAGGAGCACGCCCGUACCAUGAGAGAUUUAAGGAAAGCACACGAGCAGCAGAAGGCGCUUCUGGAGGAAGAAUUUGAGAAACUCAGGCUUUCUCUACAGGACCAAGUGGAUACUUUAACAUUUCAAAACCAGACUUUAAGGGAUAAAGCCAAACGCUUCGAGGAGGCUCUGAGGCGGAGUACAGACGAGCAAAUAGUUGACGCUCUGGCUCCAUACAAACACAUCGAGCAGGACCUGAAGAGCCUGAAGGAGGUGGUGGAGAUGAAGAACCAGCAGAUACAUCAGCAGGAGAAGAAAAUCUCCGACCUGGAGAAAGUGCAGGCUCAGAAGAACGUGUUCCUCGAGGAGAAGGUGCAGGUUCUGCAGCAGCAGAACGAAGAUCUGAAGGCUCGGAUCGAAAUGAACCUCGUCUUGUCCAGGCAACUGUCGGAGGAGAACGCCAACCUCCAGGACUCCGUGGAGAAGGAGAGCACCGAGAAGAAGCGUCUGAGCCGGAACAACGAGGAGCUGCUGUGGCGUCUCCAGACCAGCCCCCUCAUGUCCCCCGCCUCCUCCCCGCUGCACCGCUCCUUCUCCACCUCCCCGGCGCCGUCGUCCCCGUUGUUCUCCUCCUCGCCGGUGGCGGGGUGCGACUCCCCCACUCACUGCCACGGCUGUCCCCAGCAAGCUCAGUACUGCUCUCCCUCCCACAGAGCCAACCAGAACAUGUCCCCCGGGCCGGCCACGCCCACUCACAGGGCGGCGGUCAAUCAGAAUUACUCCCCCGGCCCGGGCACCCCCACACACAGGGCCGGCCGCUGCAACGCCAACGCUUGUCUAAGCUCCCUGCAGAGAUAAGCGCUUUUUAUCGGUUCGUUUUCUAAUCGGACUCAUUCCUUUUUCGUCCCUCACCGUCAAAGCACCGAGGUCACACGGCCUCCAUCUUUUGAAACACAACUUUAUACACAGAAAUCCGACGCUGAAACUGAGAACAGAUGAGCGCAGCAGGGCAGUUCUCUGUCCUCCAUCUACACCAUCGAUGUAAAGUCUUGAGCUAGACUGUAAAUACUUUAUGACAGCGACGCUGAGAGUGUUGACAUGCGGUUAAAUCUGCAUGGGCAGUCAGGUGAAAGUACAGACGAGAGCAGAACACUAUCAGAACGCAAUAUUCUGCAAAUGAUUGUUAAAAAUACAGUCACGUCCUUAGUUAAAUAAGCUCUAUUCUCUUCAUUGGGAUUCUUAAACGCGAUUCUGUUUUAAUGGAAGAAUAGUUUUUUUUUUUCUCAUCUGAAAAAAAGAAAAAAAAAUCCCUACAAAGCGCCUUACACUCCGUCCUGCCGGCUCACCAGCAGAGAGCGACCAGCGUUUCGUCUCUAAUGGACUCUGGAUGUAGAGUUUGUUUCAAAGCAAAUUAGCGUUUCUAUCCUCCUCAAGGUCCGCGUGACGUUUUCUAAUUCGUUCUGUGCUGAUUGUUUUACAACUCUCUGUGGAGACCCCAGCCAUUUUACCUGCAAAAUAUACAGGCCUAUAAUGUUUUUUUUUUUUUUUUUUUUU